UGAGAUGUAAUGGGAAUGUGAACAUAACGAAAAAACUAGGUCAUCUUUCAUUUAACUUAAUAAAGUUUCUUACAAAAACUUGAAACAAUUUUUCGAGAAUGAUAUUGUUAUGGGUUCAUUAUUAUUACACAAUACGCCUGUUUAUAUUCAGUAUUCCACGUCCGCUCUUUUCAACGGCUUCGAACAAAAUGAACGCAAUGAGUUCGUAACAAAUAUUCUGUCUCUUUCUCUAGUCUCAACGCACGUUCACCCAGCGGGGCUGUCGUCAACCGUGGCGAGUAGGAAUAGGACGGCAUCAUUUCUUCCCCUUCGCACUCAUGUAGCGCUACAAACUCGAACCCACGUCGAUCCACCGCGCACGGCGCGGCAGGGCCGAUUUUCGCCAUUUUGUAGUGAUACGUCAACCAGUGCACGGCUAGAGUGAAAAAAGUGUAUUGUGAUCAUAAUUAUGAUGUGUUUAACAAAAUUGAAUUCAUAGUGUUACAAUUGACUGAUAUGAUAACUUCUUUUUAUAUUUCGCAACGCAAACAGGUUUAAAGGUGAAAAAUGGCGGAGUUAGACAAAUUCAAACGUCGUAUCAUAAGGACGGUGGCGAGGAUGACCCGCGAGGAGAAGAAGCCCGAACAAGAAAUGUGGGACUUUCUCAAGGCUGAGACCAAAUGUGACUGCAAACAGUUAUGGGAACGCAUGCGCAGCCUCACACUUAAGAAAAUGAAACGUCUCCUGAUUGCCGAGGAUAAGAUGGAUAAUAUCACACCUGUGGCAAGAAUGUCGCUCACAGACUGGCUACUUUUUGACAUGGUGCUGGUGCAUGAAGACAUUGACGUCAUUGGCGAGGAUCUGAAUGUUAAAAAGGACUUGCAGCCGCUCACCGACCUUCUGGCCCUCGUGCAGAAAUUUCAGAUCGAAGGCAAGCAGGGAGCGGCGCUCGCGCAAGCCUGGACUGCCGCAACCAUGGCCUACAACAAGGAUGGGAGGCAAUGCUCACCGAUGCUGCUGCAACGACGUUGGUACCAAUUAAAGAAAAUAUCCAGGGAGAAAUUCUACAAGUUAUGGUACUCGUACCGGGGCAUUAUUGGGCGGCUGCAGACAUGCAAGGAGAUCAUGCCUACCAAACUGCAGAAGGAGGUCGCCGAAAGGUAUCCCCAUAUUAUAACAAAACCGUUUGUAGAAUGGGACAAACUCAUCGAGGAGAAAUUCGUCAUAUUACCUGAUGAAAUUGAAAAAAAUAUCAGGACUAAAGUUCCGCAGACCUCUAAUAUGAAUGAUAGCGGAGAUGCAGAUUUAGUUUUUUUGGAACCAAAUAUUGAAACUAUUGAAUUGGAUGAUGCUGAUUCUGAUACGGAAAAUAUAGAGAAAGCUGAAACAGCUAAUGAUUGGUCUGAAAACCAUUUGCCACCGAAAAAAGUAUCAAUUAAAAUUGAACCAGAAGAAGAAUUCGUAACAGUCGAUAAAGAAGCUUUAGCUAAGGAAAGAGAUGCGAAGUUAUUUGAAAGUAUUCCCAAUAUUGAUGAUGUCGAUUCUAAUAUGGAAAUUGACGAUUUUGUUGAUACGCCAGAAGGGGAUAAUAGCGUACAUAUUGAGGAAGAAAAUGAAAUCAUUGAAGAUCAUACUGAAAAAGAGCAACCACAAAACAAUAUGAAUGGUAUGGAUGAAAAUAAUAAAGAAGACUUAUCUGGUGUGAAUAUAGAUUCAAAUCAAGACGAUAUUGGACUAGUCCAAGUCAAAUCAGAAAGUAAUGAUAUAGACAAAGACCACGAGUGUUUAGAAAGAGAUAGUGAUUUAAUUUCAGAACAUAUAAAUGAAACAACAGUGAUGCCCCAAAUAACUAACGUAUUAGGUAACGUCAGUGUUGCAGACGAUCUUGACAAAACAUCUAUGAAAGAUAAAGCGUCAGUUCAUUCAAUUCCAGUGGCUGAUAUUUCUUUGGAAAGUUACCCUUGUGAGCCUAUGGAUAUAAACGAUGAAACCGAUAGAAGCAUAAAUGAUAAAUUAAAAUCUUUUUUGGCCAGUGAAAAGAAAUCUCAGGAUACAGAAAGUGAAGGUUUGGAUUUAAAAUCUUUCCAUAAAGAUACAGAACUAUCACAUAAUGUAAAUGAUAGGAAUAGCGAAUCCAAUCCUUAUUUGACUAUUCCUGUUGAUUUGACGUUCGCAGAUGACGGCAUUGAAUUGGUUGAUGAUGGCAUAGAGCUCGAUGACGAAGAAGAUAUCAUAAAACCUAUUCGUGAAAGUGAUAUAAAAGCGGAAAAAGAUGUUGAUGGCUUUCAAGAAGAAGUUGUUGGUGACGAGAAAAAUGACCACAAAGAAGAGAACGCAAAAUUUGAUUUGAAAUUGUUGAUGCAACCUCUGGUUUACACGACUAAAGUAGAUCAAAUGGCUGUGUUCCGAAAUAUUGAAAUUGACAAUGUCAGUGAUAUAAACAUUAUAAAUUCUGCUCUUGCUGAAAGUAAACCUAUAAUCAAAGAAGAAAAGGAAGAGGAAGUUCAUGACGACUUAUUACAGGACAAAUCAAAAGAUAGCGAAAUGGAUGAGUCUGAAAAUGAAGCGAGUGAAUCAGAUGAUAUCCCCACUGAUAUGAGAGUGAAGUUAUCCAAUAGCUUAUUACAAAAACCUAGAAGUCGUAGUUACAAUCCUAUACAACUUUGCAAAAAUCCUGAUUUUAAUACGAGACUAAAGCGGCUAACAGUCGGUUUUUUGAGUUCGACCCGCAAUCGAUCUUUUUUAAAAACACUUAAACCCCUAACUGUGGAUGUAAGCAAAGUUUUCGAAACUAAAUUAAUAAACGGCACCAUGUACUUAAUUGACAAUGUACAAUCUAGUGAAGGUAAACCAUCAGCUGAAGUACAAGAAGACAAAACAGAGCAAACGACAUCUGUCGUACCUUCAGCAAUGUCGGUUCAAAGUUUGAUUGAUUAUUUAGUCGUUGAUAACGCACCACCUGCAGAACCAGUAACUUCUAAUAGAAACAAUAAUUUUGGACGAUUAGAAGGUGACAACGGUUUUCCUGAAAGAAAUAGGGUCAUUAAUCUUCCUGAUUUAGACCACGUUCGUAAAAUGAAUAAACGACUAUUUACUGCAGAAAUAUCACCGAUGCGUAUCCAAAAUCCCAACGAGAAAUGUAUACCUCCAGUGCAACUUGUUUCAUCGCGUUCACAUGAAUUCCUAGAAAAAGAGAUACAUCCGCAACCUAAUACAGGUUUGAAACAAUAUCAAAAUGUUAAUAAACCGAUGCCUAAAGUAUUUAAGCAGACACGAAUUCUCGAUCAACCUGUUUUAACAAAACCUGGUCCCAAGAAAGCUGUUAAAACGAAAACUCCUAAUUAUACCACAGUAGAUUGGUUAAGCAAACGUAGCACAAAUACACUUCUCUACGAUGAUGCUUUACUUACGGUAGACACACUCAAUAAAAUGUUGAAUGUAAUGACGAACGAUAUCGGUGAAGAAAGUAAAAAAAUGACAGCAAAAUGUGAAAGGAAACUAAUAAUGCAACGAGAAAUAGAACUUAAACGUAGAUUAGAAGAAUUUGAAAACAAUUUGAUUAAACAAACAACCGGAGAUGUUGAUCGAUGUCCUGUUAUUCAAGAUAUUUCCAACAGCAAGAAAAUGCAAGAUACUUGUUGUUGGGCGCGAUAUAAAAUUAACUUUCCCAAAAGUAGAGGUUGGCAUAAAUGUCCCCGUAUAUGUGAGUGCUGCUGUCGCAUCGAAUUGAUAAAAUCGAAAAGAAGUCGAGUUAUUGAACCAGUUAGCGAAAACGUUGCAACUUCUAUAGAGAGUGUGGUACAAAAGUCACGAGAAAUAACAGCUCCGUCUGUUCGUAAAAAAAAAUUUAAAACAAUCUCACCACUGUAUAAACAAAAACAGUCAGAAAUUUCUAUACAAUGUGAUCUCGAUCAAUCUGCACUCUCAGGAAGUCUAACGAACAAUUCACAAGAAAUUACUCAAUCGCCUGAUAAAACUAAUUUACCCUCAAAUGUUAUUGAAAUUGAUGGAACUGAAGAAUCAAAAUCUGUAAAUGAAGGUAUUACUAAUAUAGACUUAUCGUGUAAUGAAACUAUCGAGGGAGGGGUCAAAAAACCUCGAAUAAGUGUGCUACCAACGAGUGCUUUAUUAGCACCCAAAAACGUGCAGACUUAUAGAGCAGUUAAGAAACCAACGCCGAAACCUCGUAUUUCUGUUCCACCUAUUCUUCCAUUAGCAACGCGUAAAAAUUGUAUGAUCGUGAAAAAAUUUCUUCAGCAGCCUCGAUUUUUGGAGCCAUUAUCGUCGCAUAGCCUCAAGAAACGUCAAUUAAAGGAAAAAAUGAUAUAUCUAAAUGCCAGACAGAAAUCUAAAAAUGAAACUGAAAGCCCUAUAUUUUUGGGCCGUAAUAAAAUACUAUUAACGGAUGUCCAACUGCCAUCUAGUUUGAAUUCAUCAAUGAUUAAUAAAACAAUUCAGGUACAGAAGAUAACUCCGUCUCUUACCGUGCCUACAGGUGUACAGAUUAUAUUACAAGAAAAUGGUCAACUUACUUAUGCAGUGGAUCCUGCAGCCAAUGUUAGUCCCGAGGCACUGACUAAUAUGCCUGCAAUAUUAGCAGCUAUACAAGAGGAUCUAACUGUUAACCUUGUUGACGAUGAAAAUUCAAAAGGUGCGCAAGUUACCAACGGAAGUGAAAAUAAAACAAAUAAUGCAAGCGGGUGUUUGGCAGCUAUACAAGAGGAUUUUAAUUCAACAAUACAAGUACCACAAAUUAAUAAAGAAAUUGUGAACCUUGUUGACGAUGAAAAUUCUAAUGAUGCGCAAGUUUCCAACGAAAGUGAAAAUAUAACAAAUAUUGCAAGCGGAAGUUUGGAUGAAAGCACAUUAAUAGUUGACAAUGAUAUGGCUGUAGAUAAUAUAAAAACAAUAGUUAAUAGUGCACGGUUACUUAGUAAUACAGCAGAAAAUUGUCUAGAAAACACGGAUAAAUCUGUAUUAUUUGGUCCAGAUAACGUCGCAGAUGCUCAUACAUCAAUUAGUGGUCCAAAAGCAAAUUUGAACAAUAUAGUUGCGUCAGUUAGUAUUGAAAACGAUAAAGAAGGUUUUGAAAAUACGGUGGUCAAAUACGGUAGUAAUGAUUUAGGGAAUGAUGAUAAAAUCCAGAGAAUCUAUAAUUUGCAACCUACUGCAGAAAUAAAUGUAAGUUCUCCCUCUUUUGAUGACAGUACAUCCAAAUCCCUUGGCCCAAAUAAUGAAACUAAAGAUAAAAUUGAUAUAAGCUGUUCUGCAUCAACGGAAAUUGAUAAAGUUGGCACAGGAGAAAAUGAAUCGAGGGUUGAAAAUUCUAAAACUACAACUAAUAGAAGUACAUUGUUAUCUGAUUUAAUGGAAAUGUCUGGGAUAUCUGCAGAAGAUAUGAAGUCUAGCGAUAAUCCUGAAGUACAAACGCCAGAUAUGUUCCCAUCUAUUCAGGAAAUGGCACCUCGCUAUUUACAAACGGCUGUUAAUGGAACUCCCAUUAUCACAACAUCGCCAAGCAAAAAUGUAAAAGAACUAAAUUCAAUUACAUCAUUUGCUCAACUAAAAUAUGCAUGUGAACAUAAUGGAAGUUUUUUCAAGUUAGAUUUAGAAUCUGGAUUUAUUACACCUAUAAAUGUUUGUAUAAAGAAAAAUCUUGACUUAGUAACUAAACCGGUAAUAAAUAAAGCGCUAACAAAGGAUAAUCCAAAAUUAAUAAUAGAUUUAACGGAUGAUCAAAAUGAUGCACCGGAUAGAGAAAAUGAUCUUCCCGCAUUCAUUAUAUCAAAACCUACACAAUCGUUGCUAAAAGAUAGUUUCCAUUUAGGAAACACAGCUAAACCCCUUAGAGUUUUUAAAUCUGCAAACAUAUUAAGUAGGAAGUUUAGAAGUAAAGCCGUUUCAGCGCUCACCGAUAUCCCAAAGAAUAUAAAGAUUGGAGCAGGUAAGCGAACUAGAAAGCGAAGAAGAAAACAAUCAUUGGAAUCGAUAGAUUUGGAUACAGAUGACAGCUACGACUCAAUUGAUCAAUAUAUAUGGAGUGAUUAUGCUGAUUCAUCUAUAUCUGAAGAAGACUCAUCAGAUGAUGAACCCUUAGCUGUAAAAGCUAAACGCAUGAGAACUAAUGAACAACCAAAAGAACUAUCAGCUAUAGUGGAUAAUGAGAAUAGCGCAGACGGAAUUAUUACGCAAGAAAUUGCUGGUAAAAAUACGGAAACUGUCGAAUCAUCUGAUAAAAUAGCAACUAUCGAAUCGUCAGACAAUAUAGCCCAUGUCGAAACGUCAAAUAAAAUAACCCCUGUCGAAUCGUCAGAUACAAUAUCUCCUGUCGAAUCGUCAGAUAAAAUAUCCCCUGUCAAAUCGUCAGAUAAAGUAUUCCAUAAAGAGAAUAAUGAAACUAGUGAAAUGAAUGAUGAUGAAGGAAAGGAUGAUACCGAAAUGAUCCCAGAAAUUACUUUCCUAUCGGAUCACGAAGACAGUGAUUCGAAUGAGGACUGCAUUCUCGGUUUUUAGUUUUAUACGUGAACCAUAUCUAUCAAUAUGUAAAUUGUUUAACUUAAUCGAAGUUUUCUAUUGCUCAAUAACUAUGAAGUUAAUAGAUCGCGGUCUAAUUUUCGGGGGUAUAAGUUCUCUAAUGUUAUGUCAAUUAAAUGACGUUUGACUAAAGUCAGUUGAUGCUGUACUUCUGCAAAUAAUAAUAAAAUAUAACAACGCAAUACAGGAAAUAAUGAAACAUUACAACAACUAAACAAUUUUUCAUUGCGUUUUAAAUAAAACCUA